UGCUCAAGAGUUCCAGCUUAAACAGUGAGUGCACUAAAUCGUUUCUAGUUCCUGACCAUGGUGAGCCCAGCGAUGCUGAAGGGUAUGAACACGGAGGUGUAUGGGGAGGGCCACCCCUUCGGGGACCCGUCCUGGUAUCAGGCCUACAACACGCCCUACUACAAUGACACCCACAAGCAGUUCCGAAAGCUGAUGCGUGAGUACGUGGAUGAGCACAUCAUGAGCAAUGUGCAUGACUGGGAUGAGAAGGGCACUAUCCCAAAGGAGAUGUACCUAGAGGCUGGAAAGCAGGGUACUCUUGCAUUGUGCAUUGGCAGGCCGUGGCCUGAGAAGUACUUUGGUCCAUCUCCUUGGGGAUUUGAGCCGGACUACUUCCAUGAGCUCAUCAUGUACGACGAGAUGUCUCGUACUGGCUCUGUGGGCUUUCAGUGGGGCAUUGCUGGAGGCACCACCAUCGGACUGCCUCCUGUGUACCACCAUGGAAGCGAGGAGCUGAAGCAGCGUGUCAUGCCACCAUGUGUCAAGGGAGAGAAGGUUUGCUGCCUGGCAAUCACAGAGCCCACAGCAGGCAGUGAUGUGGCAAACUUGAAGUGCACCGCCAAGCUGGAGGGUGACCACUACAUCCUGAACGGAGAGAAGAAGUGGAUCACCAACGGCAUUUUUGCAGACUACUUCACUGUGGCAUGCCGCACUGGCAAGCCAGGAGUGGGUGGUAUCAGCUUGCUGCUGGUUGAGAAGGGCAUGCCUGGCCUUGAGACCAGAAAGAUGAAGUGCUCUGGUGCCUGGUCAUCUGGCACAACAUACAUCACCUUUGAUGAUGUCAAGGUUCCAAAGGGCAACUUGCUUGGCAAAGAGGGCAAAGGCUUCCAGUACAUGAUGCAGAAUUUCAACCAUGAGCGAUUUGCCUUCUGUGCCAUGAGCACUCGCUUUGCCCGAGUUUGCCUGGAGGACUCCCUGAAGUUUGCUGGCAAGCGCAAGACCUUUGGCAAGACUCUGAUCCAGCACCCAGUGAUUCGCUGGAAGGUUGCAGAAAUGGCCCGCCAGAUUGAGGCAACUCACAACUGGUUGGAGUGGAUCACCUACCAGCUGAAGACCAUGCCCAAGAUAGAGGCCAUGCUGAAGCUGGGAGGCCACACAGCUCUUUGCAAGGUGCAGUGCACCAAAGUCAUGGAAUACUGUGCCCGCGAAGCAGCUCAGAUCUUCGGUGGAUUGUCCUAUUCCCGCGGUGGUCAGGGUGAGAAGGUGGAGCGUCUGAACCGUGAGGUUCGCGCCAUGGCCAUCCCAGGAGGCUCUGAGGAGAUCAUGUUGGACUUGGGAGUGAAGCAGUCCACCAAGCUUGCAGAGAUGGCCAAGAUGUUCGCUGAGGCUGCACCUCAGGCUCAAGCAGCCAAGCUUUGAGCACGCCCUGUGCAGAUCAAGGCUAGAAGAUCUGGAGACCUGAGUAAGAUAAUCCAUCAGCUUCGUAGACUUCUUAUGUUUCAGUUGCAGCGAAGCAACUCGAUCGUCAACGCUUCAGAGGGAACCUCUAAGAACGGGGAGCCUCUGGUUUCAAGCAUUCUAAGCACAGACAUCUCGAGUCAAGGGUCAAAACA